AUGCGCCCACUCACUCGACUUCGGCCAUCCCUCUUCGCGAGGCCUGUGCUUACUAGAGCUUUGCAAUUACAGACUACAAGACCGCAAUGGCUAUCCACAUCAGCAAUUCGCCGCUGUUCAUGCGGUGACGCCGCCAACAAGGUCGAAUCCAUACCUCCUAACGAUCACCGAGCUCUAGGAACCACUCAAGAGCUCUUCACCUCCUCCGUCUACAGUCCUGGCUCUCCCCUGUUCCUCCCCAACGGCACACACGUCAUCAACAAGCUUAUCACCUUUCUCCGAACCCAAUACCUACAGUACGGCUUCCGCGAGGUGCUAACUCCAUCCAUCUACAAACGAUCACUAUGGGAAGUGUCGGGCCACUGGCAAAAUUACAAAGAUGAUAUGUAUGAGGUGACAGGUCGCGGCGCGAGGGGUGAGACAGACGGUGAGCUGGGAGAAGAUGAGUCUUACGGUCUCAAACCAAUGAACUGCCCUGGCCACUGUCUGCUCUUCAAGUCACAGAACCAUUCUUACCGCGAAUUGCCCGUGCGCUACGCGGAUUUCAGCCCGCUCCACCGAAAUGAAGUCUCGGGCUCCUUGACUGGUCUAACUCGUGUGCGUCGGUUCCACCAGGAUGAUGGCCACAUCUUCUGCCGACCGCAGCAGAUCAAGUCGGAAAUCGCGUCAGCAUUGGGAUUUGUCGAGAUGGCCAUGAACACCUUUGGAUUGGGUCCGUACAGAUUGGUACUUUCGACCCGUCCUGAAACGGAUUAUAUCGGAACGUUGGAGAUGUGGGAUAACGCGGAGAAUCAAUUGCGCCAGGCCUUGGACAGCACCGGGCGCGAAUGGGCGUUGAAUGAAGGCGACGGUGCUUUCUAUGGUCCCAAGAUUGAUAUCCAGCUUCAAGACCAGGCGGGCAAGUUCCACCAACUGUCGACUAUCCAGCUGGAUAUGAAUUUGCCUCAGCGAUUUGGUCUGGAAUACCAGGUUGCUGAGGGCGAGGAGGACUAUAACCCGGCCACGCCAGGAGUUGCAACCCCUGUCUUGGUGCACCGGGCUAUUUUCGGCUCCCUCGAGCGAUUCCUGGCGUUGUUAAUGGAGGAACACGGUGGUCAUUGGCCAUUCUGGCUAUCUCCGCGCCAGGGAAUUAUCCUGACAGUCAAUCAGGAUGACGCCGUGGUGAAACAAGCACAAAAAGCGGCAGCCAAAUCCUCUGGUUUCCAAGUCCUCGAGAAUGAUAGCUCUGAGCCGCCACGUCCGUUAUCAUCACUUGAUUCCACUUUCCUAAUGGAUGUUGAUACUAGCGCUCAGACACUGGGCAAGAAGAUCCAGCGCGCCAAGCAAAUGAAGUAUAACCUUAUCUUUAUUCUGGGUUCGCGCGAUCUGGCUGAUGGUGGUAUCACGGUCGACAUUACCGGGCAGAUGAAGAGCAAGACUGAUGCAGACGGGCAGAAGUUCCAAUCUCUAAUCCAGUCCCAGCUUGGUGAAGGUGCUCUGCAGAACCCUAGGGCUGUGAAGCUCAAGUUGGAUGAGGUGCAUCCUUUACUGGUUCAAUUCGAGAAGAACUUCCUGUGA